AUGAGUAAAGACCGGCAGGCCAAGCAGGUCCCGGAGCUCCCGGGGCCGCUGUCCCCGACCAAGGGCCACAACAAGUCCCCCAGGAUGCCCAAGUGCUCCCGGUGCCGCAACCACGGAUACGUGUCUCCCCUGAAGGGCCACAAGCGCUUCUGCAGCUGUAGGGACUGCCAGUGCGCCAAGUGCAAGCUGAUCGCCGAGAGGCAGCGCGUCAUGGCGGCCCAGGUGGCGCUGCGGCGGCAGCAGGCCCAGGAGGAGGAGCUGGGGAUCUGCAGCCCGGUGGCGCUGGCCGGGCCGGAGGUGCUGGUGAAGAACGAGGUGGCGGCCGACUGCCUGUUCUCGGCCGAGGGACGGUCCCCGACCCCGUCCGGCGCCGGCGCCUCGUCUCUGGCCGCGUCAGGUGGGGCGGACCACGGGAGCCGCUCGGCGUCCGCCUCCAGCCCGUCGGCCGCCGCCCGGCCUCACGGCGAGGGGGCGAGCGACCUGCUGCUGGAGAGCCCGUACUACAACUUCUACCAGCCGUCGCGCUAUUCCACCUACUACGGCAACCUGUACAACUACCAGCAGUACCAGAUGCCCCACGGGGACGGGGGACGCCUCCCGGGACACAACGUGUCGUCUCAGUACCGGAUGCACUCCUACUACCCAGCAGCCCCCUACCUGACCCCCGGCCUGCCCUCCAGCGCCUGCGUGCCGCCCUUCUUCAGCCUGGACGACAACAGCGGCUGCUCCGAGAGCAUGGCGGCCGGUGAGUGA